AUGGCGGAUUUCAAAGACUGGUAUAAUGAAGAAGUGUAUCAGAGUCUUGAAAAGUUAUACAAAUUAUAUCUUUUAUUUGCAAACCAAGAAGAAGUUAUACAAAAAAGAUCUACAGAAGAA